CUUCGAGCAUUAGAGAUCCAAGGCGGAUUAGCUACAUCCGAUCAAAACUUGGGAUCUCAAUGGGAUAUGCCAUAUGCUUGGGCCCCUUUACAAUUCUUUGCUGUUGAUGGAAUGCGUCGAUAUGGUUAUUCAGAGGAGGCUGAUCGUUUAUCGAUCAACUUUGGAUCAAUGGUGCUUAAGACUUUUCUCAAUACUGGAGAAGUAUGGGAGAAGUAUGAUGGAGUCCAAAGAGAUGAAACUGUUAAGCUCAAGUAUGGGUAUCCUACCAAUGAGAUUGGAUUUGGUUGGACAAAUGCUGUUUUUACGAGAUUUUAUGACCAACUAUCUGAUGUUGGAAAAGAACAUUUGCUGAGACUCGAUGGAAUACCUAUCCCAUCUGAUCUAGUAUGAUUUUCUCAACAUGAAUGGUUUUGGUUUUGCUACAAGAUUUGAGCGUUCUGUCUUCUUAGAUUUCGUCUCUAUCAUUCUUUAUUUUUUUUUCUCAUUAUCUAGACUGUUGGAUGAUAGAUGUUGUAAGUCAUAUCAAGAACAAUACUCUCUUUAUUGAUCUGUCUUCUUUUUCUCAAUAGAGCUCAUAAGGAUGUAUUUUCAAGUUUUGCUUUUUGAAAGAACUUGAUGGUUUCAAUUACUCUUUUGUAAGGGUACUUUUUUAUGAUCUCUUUUCUUGUUUUAUAUUUUAAAGAUCUUGUGUUUGUUUGUGUUAUAUUUUUUGAAUUACAUGAUGGUUUAUACACGAAUCUUUGGUGAUCUUGUUGUACAUUGGUUUUGUUUGAAAUUGAAGUUUUGUUUUUGAACUUUGUCU